AUGCAUUAUUGUAGUGAGAGGAGGAUGAUAACAAUAAAAUGGAGCUUGUGUUUAAUCUUAUGCCUUUAUUACUCAAGGCUUGUGAUUGCUUCUCCUGCUAACCAUGCGUACCUUCCAGACCAGAGGGAUGCUCUUUUGGAGUUCAAGAACGAGUUUUAUAUCCCAAGCCCCGAUUCUGAUUACAUGAUGUUUAAAACGAAGACAGAGACGUGGAUGAACAACACUGAUUGCUGUUCUUGGGAUAGUGUCUCUUGUGAUCCUAAGACAGGCAAGGUCGUUGAGUUAGACCUGAUUGGCAGUGAUCUCAAUGGCCCUUUGAGAUUUAAUAGUAGCCUGUUUAGACUACAACAUCUUCAAAGCAUAGAUCUUAGCUUCAGUAAUCUCUCGGGUAUUCUACGGGAUUCGAUUGGCAACCUCAAAUAUUUGAGGGUUUUGAGUCUUGGUGAUUGCAAAUUCAUCGGAAAGAUUCCAUCCUCACUCGGAAAUCUUACUUAUCUCACUAAUCUUGAUCUUUCUUAUAAUAAUUUCAACAGUGAGCUACUGUAUUCCAUCGGCAACCUCAAAUAUUUGAGGGUUUUGAAACUCCUAAAUAGCAAUCUCUUUGGAAAGAUUCCUUCGUCAUUCGGAAGUCUUUUUUAUCUCACUGAUCUUGAUCUUUCUAGAAAUGAUUUCACCAGUGAAGGACCAGACUCGAUGGGGAGACUAACAGAUUUUCAACUAGUGCUACUCAACUUGAGCUCGCUCGUCCGGAUAGACCUUGGUUCUAACCAGUUCAAAGGUAUGCUCCCAUCUAAUAUGAGUAGCCUUUCUAAACUGGAGUCUUUUGAUAUUAACGAGAAUUCAUUUUCUGGACCCGUUCCCUCUUCUCUCUUCAUGAUCCCUUCGUUGAUUGAACUUAACCUGGGACGUAACCACUUCACCGGUCCUCUUGAGAUUGUGAAUUUCUUCUCUUCACAAUCUAACCUUUCAAAAUUAUACAUUGGAGAAAACAAUUUCAGUGGACCAAUCCCAGGAUCUAUAUCGAAACUAGUCGGACUCUCGGAACUUAGCCACUCUUUCUGGAACACAGGAGGGGACCUUGUUGAUUUCAGCAUUUUCUUGCAUCUCAAGUCACUUACCUCACCUGAUCUUUCAGGGAUUCAUUUGAAUAUCAGUUCAACGCUCCAUCUUCCCUCAAGCAUGAGAAACUUGGUUUUAUCAUCCUGCAAUAUUGAUGAAUUCCCCAAGUUUCUACAAAACCACACCAGUUUGUAUAAUUUAGACAUCUCUGCCAAUCAAAUCGAAGGCCAAUUACCAGAAUGGUUAUGGAUCUUGUUUUCAAGUCUUUGA